CAUAAAAAUAAUUUCUUGAAGUAUAGUAUAUUUUUUGCCAAAAAUUAAAUAUGAUUAUUUACAAAACUUAAAUUUAAUUACACUUUCCUCAUAGAAAAAAAAAUUUAAUUACACAAAUAACCCCGACGACAGUAGUCUACCAAUAGCAGUGGUUAAAGUAGAAGACUGAAAACGAAAGCGGCAACCGCCGGAUGCCCUAUAUAGUUAUUGAGUCGUCUCACAGGAGGGUCGUCUCUUCAGUCCUCGCAGUUGAUACAAAGCUUGAGCUUUCAGCAAGCUUAAGCUUGUAAUGGACACAAUUUGCCCAAUUGAUCGCAAGUGCGCUUCUCAAAUCUCCGUUCUUCUCCAUCCUCCUCCUCCUCCCCAAGUCCAGGAGUAUUUCGAGGAGCUCAUAUCGAGUAGGCAAUGCCGUGGAAUCAAAGUUAAACAGAAUGGCGAGUUUGGAAAGGGUGUCUAUGCUGAUUUGGAUUUCAAGGAAGGAGAACUAAUUUUGAAGGACCCAAUUCUUGUGGGUAUUCAGCAUCCUUCAAACAAGAUCGACUGUCUAGUGUGUAGCUUUUGUUUCCAAUUUAUUGGUUCAAUAGAACUUCAGAUUGGGAGGAAGCUCUAUUUGCAAAGUCUAGGUGUGUCAGCUAACGAAGCAUGUGACAAUGAAGGAAGUUCAAAAGAUUUUUGUGACACCAAUUCAGCUGAUGAAGAAGAUGAUUGUUAUGUGAAAGAAUGUAAGAAGUUGGGGAAUUGUGCUUCUUCUAGCAGUUCCAAUGGCAAAGUUACUUUGCCUGAGGCGCUUGUGCAGUCAUUAAUGAAUGGCGAGUUGGUGUUGCCUCACUCCAAAACAUUUUGCUUGCCUUCAGCCAUUGCUUGUCCUGGGGGAUGUGGAGAAGCAUACUAUUGUAGCAAAAAAUGUGCGGAGGCAGAUUGGAAAUCUUCUCAUUCAUUACUUUGCACUGGGAAGAGGUCAGAAGCACUGUCAAGAGAAGCACUUGCAAAAUUUAUACAACAUGCUAAUGACACAAAUGACAUCUUCCUCCUUGCAGCCAAGGCAAUUUCUUUCACCAUUUUAAGAUAUCGAAAGCUAAAAGCUGCUCAUCUAAAAGGACAAAACAAACAUACUGAUCCUGUUGAAUUGGACUGCCUGGAACUCUCUCUACUUUUGGAAGCAUGGAAGCCACUAUCAAUUGGAUACAAGAGAAAGUGGUGGGAAUGUAUUUCAUUGCCAGAUGAUGUUGAUUGUUCUGAUGAAACUGCAUUUAGGAUGGAAAUAAGGGAUCUCGCAUUCACCUCGCUGCAGCUCCUUAAGGCUGCUAUCUUUGACCAGGAAUGUGAGCCAUUAUUCUCCUUAGAAAUCUACGGGAAUAUUAUUGGCAUGUUUGAGCUGAAUAAUCUUGAUUUGGUUGUAGCAUCUCCUGUGGAAGAUUAUUUUUUGUACAUUGAUGCUCUUCCGUACUCUGAAAAGAGAACUGCUGAGGAAAUUACUCAAUCACUUCUGGAUGCUCUUGGCGACGGUUAUUCUGUUUGUUGUCAAGGUACUGCAUUCUAUCCAUUACAGAGUUGUAUGAACCACUCCUGUUGUCCAAAUGCAAGAGCCUUCAAAAGAGAGCAGGACAAGGAUGGCCAAGCAACAAUCGUUGCCCUCAGACCCAUCAGUGAGGGAGAAGAGAUUACGAUUUCAUAUAUAGAAGAGGACCUUCCUUUUGAAGAGAGGCAGGCAUUACUUGCAGAUUAUGGUUUCAGAUGCAGGUGUGCCAAAUGCAUAGAAGAAGAGACCACCUAACUUAUUUCCAAGCAAAAACCUACUGAGAAAUCAACAUAGAAUGUGAUUUGGCGAGACAUAGAGAUAUUGAUGCUUGACUACUUGUGAGUCAAAUUCUGGAAUAGCAGAAAAAUUGGGUAUGGAAAAGCUUGGCAGAAGAACAAGAGAAUCAGGAAAGAAACAGAGCCUUCAAUUCAUUUAAACUAUAGCUUCCACAAGUCUUUUCAGUGUAUUGCAGAAACAAACUCAUUGGGCAACCAUAUUCUAGGUCUCUGCAACUUCCCUUCAAAGGGUGUUUUAUUUAUUUAUACAUUUAUUUUAGCAAAUUUUGUUAAGUAUUUUUUGAAUGGGUUAUUUUGGAUUACCUAGGAAGAUGAGGCCAGUUCCUUAUUUGUUGUAA